AUGAGCACGAUUUGUCCAUCGCCAACUACACCAACUUUCGACUUGGCAAAAUUUCUUUCUGGUGCUUUACAAAUAAAGAGAGAUGCACAUCUUCUGAGCAGCUUUGGCACUCUUUCAGCUGCUCCUGAAAUUCUUCUCAAUUCAACUUCCAUUUCUCCUGUUUCACCCGGCAGUGAGGGAAGAAAGAGGCGUCGC